AUGAAAUCGUCAACUCGGCUUGAUUCAGUUGUGUUUCAGCUCACUCCCACUCGAACCCGGUGUGAUCUGUUGAUAACAGCUAAUGGAAAGACUGAGAAGAUAACUACAGGGUUGUUUGAUCCUUUUCUUGCUCACUUGAAGACUGCACAGGAUCAAGUUGCUAAAGGUGGCUACUCCAUUGUUCUCACGCCUGAGGAUAGUGAGAGUGCAGCUUGGUUCACUAAAGCAACUAUUCAAAGGUUUGUUCGAUUUGUGAGCAAUCCGGAUGUCCUAGAACGUGUUUACACUUUAGAAACUGAGAUCAUGCAGAUCAGGGAAGCAGUUAGUAUCCAGAACAACUGUGAAGUGGCUUUAACUGUUGCGGAAGAAAAUCUACGAACAAAAAGAGCAGAGAGUACACAAGGUAGCGGGCCAUUGCUGCAGCUCAACGAGGAGAAAACUAUUGUCCUUUAUGAGCCAGAUACACAUCCAAAGCAAGCAAAUCUGUCUACCACAUCAGAUGAAAACUCUAAAGUUCAAGCUCUGAAAUUUCUGGAGACAAGGAAGAUGGUGUUGCAGAAAGAACAAGGAAUGGCAUUUGCACGUGCCGUGGCAGCUGGUUUCCAAGUUGAUGAUAUCCUGCCUCUUAUAUCUUUUGCUAAAUCCUUUGGAGCCUCACGUUUGAUGGAUGCCUGCUUAAAAUUCAUGGACUUGUGGAAGAAAAAGCAUGAAUCUGGUCAGUGGGUUGAAAUCGAAGCAACACGAGUAAUGGCAACACAGCCAAACAUUUCUGCUAAUAUGCGUAGGAACUCAUGGCCUAGGACAACUGAAAAUAAUGAUGUGAAGUCUCAUACAGAUAAUAAAGCAAAUGUAAAUCAAGAACAUGUGCAAGGGAAGCAUCCACAGCCAAUGUAUGCACCAUGGCCAGUUCACUCUCCUCCGGGGACCUUUCCAGUAUUUCAAGGAUAUACAACGCAGAGCAUGCCUUACUACCCGAACUAUCCAUAUCCUUCUCCCUAUCCGUCUACGGAUGAUUCUAGGCGUAGUUCUGGCCAAAGAAAUGCUAAGAAACAUCAUUCAUCUUGUAGCGAGGACUCCGGAUCAGAAGAUCAGGACAUAGAGAAAGGAAAAUCAGGUAGGAGAAGGAAAUCAGGUAAAGUAGUGAUUCGGAACAUAAACUACAUUAAAUCAAAGAAGCAAGAUCUGUCAGGAAUAGAAUCUGAUGCUGAAGAGGAGGCAAUAGUAGAAUGUUACAAUACUAAAGAGAGAGAAACAAGAGGGACAGAGGCUGACACUGGGGAUUGGCAGGCAUUUCAAACUUUCUUAUUGCAAGAUGCUGAAACAGAAGAACGUACCGUUGACCAUUUGAUGGAGAAGGAAAUUGCAGGGAAGAAUAGGCAAGGUACAAGGAAGUAUGAUCCUUUGGCUUAUGAUGAGCGUGAAGCAGAAAGAUAUCAAGAAAGAGGUACAGCUGACAUUCGGAAUGGAGUUGUGACUCGUAGAGUCAGGAAAUCUACUGACUCUUUUAUGGUUCACCAGAGAGAAAAUGGUUUUGAGAAUCCUUCUGAUCCUCUCAACUUGAAUGGUUUUGAUAAUCCAAGGACUGGUUCGGAUAAAAGAUCAUCAGUUAACAUGGAUGAUGAUUCAUAUAUUGUUACUCGGGAAACUGAAAGCAAUACUCGAAAUGCUAUAGACAUUGGAUCAGAGAUCUCUUCGUACCAACAAGCUGAUGGAAAUGAAAGAAACAAGAUCAAUUACGAGCCUCAUGAUCUGACCCUGAUCCCAGAAAGAGAAACAGUGAAGUUAUCAGCUGGCUAUGAUCCUGCACUAGAAUUUGGAUCCAAAGCUUUAAAGAAAAAGAAUAACCAGGGAUCUGGAGUUACAAAGAAGUCAGUGAGAAAUCCAACAUCAAGACUUUCUAAUGAUGCUGCAGAUAAGAGGAAGGCUUCAGGGCUAAUACGGAAGGGAAGACCCACAAAGAUGAGUCCUUUAGAUGAAGCAAGAGCACGAGCUGAUAAGCUUAGAAAUUUCAAAGCUGAUCUUCUGAUCAUGAAAAAGGAAAAGGAAGAAGAAGAGAGGAAACGCAUCGAAGCUCUGAAAGUAGCAAGACAAAAGAGGAUUGCUGCUAAAAGCAAUUCAACGGUAGACCAGUCACAGUUAUCUGCACAAAAAACAAGAAAAAAUAUGCCAAACAGAUUUUCUCCUGGCGCUCCUAGAACAUCUAAGUUUAGUGACCAAGAACCAGGAUCAUUAUCACCUCUUCAACGCCGUCUUCCCAUAAGAAGUGCUUCUUUAGGCUCCAAUGAAUCUCAGAAAGUUCUCCAGAAUAGUAAACUGAGUUCCGGAAGUAAAUCAACAGGUAACGGGCUAACAAGAUCAAUAUCACCGCUACCUCCAUCUAAGAGAGAAACUAGAAUCAGUCUUGGUACUCAGAACCUGUCAGUUUCAAGGACAAGACGAGUAUCAGAACCCAAAAUGGGUAGUGCACCAAGUUCUGCAGUGAGGUCUUUGCACACGACAGGAAGUAGGCUAACAAGGUCGAUAUCACCAUUACCUCUAUCUAAGAGGGAAACCAGAGUUAGUCUUGAUAGUCAGAAUAAGUCAGUUUCAAGGACAAGACGAUUAUCAGAACCAAAAAUGGGUAACAAUAGUGCACCAAGUUCUGCAGUGAGGUCGCUGCGAACAAUAGCAUCCAAAAAAGUAUCUGAUACUCCGGAGAUUAAGAAAAUAUCGGCCAUUGUUAACUAUGAUAUAGCAAAAAUCGCAUCUCUUCCAGAACUGAAGAUAAAACCACCAAAAGGUCCUAACAAUGUUCUAGUGAAAGGGGUAGAGAAAAUUAAAGCUUCAGCGUCUGAGAUUGAACAAAGUGGAAACAAGAACAAACCCUUGUGCGAUGAAACUCCAGUGAUUGAGAAGACAGUGGUGAUGGUGUUACCAAGUUCAGCUCGAAGUAUAAGUGCAGAUCAGACGAAUGAGUCAAAGGUAGUCCCUGGAAACUCAAACAUCCAUGACUGUAGUCCUUCUGAAGGAGCUGAUAAGAAAGGCAUUGAAACAACGCAGGAUAGUGGCAAUGAUCUGGUCUUAGUUAGACCGGAAACUCUGAGUGACUUAAUAACAGAAACACCAAAGUUUCUGACAAUUCAAAGUGUUGUGGAGAAACCAUAUGAAGCUCCACAUGCUCGGGUUUCUUCGAUAGAAGUUCCAGGUACAGUGUACUCAGAGUGUUCCCAAGAACCUGGACCAAGCUUUCAUUUAAAUGAGACAAGGCAAGAAACUGUCAAAGUUCUUGCACCAGAAGCGAAGAUAAGUGAGGCCUUGGAGAAAUCUCAAACAAAGGAGUCAGCAACAAAAGGGAUCAGAAAACUGUUGAAUUUUGGAAAAAAGAGUCGGUCUUCGUCUACAAGUGACUACCAUACCAAGUCUAAUAAUGCUGUUGUCAGUAGCAACAAGGAUCAUGAACCAGCUACAACUGCUGCUGCGACAAGCGAAGCUUUUACACUAAAGAAUCUCAUAUCUCAAGAUGAAACACCUACAGCAGCACAGAAAUCUUCUCGCCAUUUUUCAUUGCUCUCUCCCUUCAAGAACAAGAAGAAAGUAUCAUGAGGAAAGUGAAUGAAACAGAGAUCAAUCUCCAUUUACAGUCUUCAAAUCUUGUAGUGACUGAGUAUCUAUAUAGCAUCCAGCGAGCCUCGUCUGAGUAUUUCAGAACACUUGAUUCCAAAUGCAAUGAGAUGGAUGCACUUGUCAACCGAUAAAUGUUAGGAUUGUUCUAUUCCAUUUUUUAUAAGAAAAAAAAGAGAAUUUAUUUUGGAUUUUGAUAAUCCACAUUUCUCAUGUUAUUACACCUAUUAGAUCAUUAUUUGGGAGUGUCUACGAAUCUACACUUUCUAAAAUGAACAUAAUUUGUAUAGAUCAUGAGUUUUAUAUCAAAU